UUUAAAAAAGAAACGAAAUAGAUCUAAUAUAAAUACUCAACCAUUCCCAACUAUCUUUCUUUCUCAUUAACACAAUUGUCUCUGCUCUUUCAUUCCUCUCUUUCACCGGUAAUGGCAAAACUCUCUCAACGGAACAAGAAGAUCAUUGAGGACCAAACUAUCGAUAAAACAGCCACUGCGUCUGCCUCUCCCGUGGUCUUUAAAUGCAAACGCAAACGGAAGUCGCCGCCUCAAAACGCUCCUCCGCAACGCAGCUCCUCCCACAGAGGCGUGACAAGGCAUAGAUGGACAGGGAGAUACGAAGCGCAUUUGUGGGAUAAGAACAGCUGGAACGAGACGCAGACCAAGAAAGGACGUCAAGGAGCAUAUGACGAAGAAGAAGCAGCAGCACGUGCCUAUGACUUAGCGGCAUUGAAGUAUUGGGGAAGAGACACACUCUUGAACUUCCCUUUGUCUACUUAUGAAGGAGACGUCAAAGAAAUGGAAUCCCACUCCAAGGAAGAGUACAUAGGAUCUUUGAGAAGGAAAAGUAGUGGGUUUUCUCGUGGUGUUUCAAAAUACAGAGGCGUUGCAAGGCAUCACCAUAAUGGGAGAUGGGAAGCUCGGAUUGGAAGGGUGUUUGGUAAUAAAUAUCUAUACCUUGGAACAUACGCUACGCAAGAAGAAGCAGCCAGAGCAUACGACAUAGCGGCAAUAGAGUACCGUGGACUUAACGCCGUUACCAACUUCGACGUCAGCCGUUAUCUAGACUUACCGGCGACGAAGAAACCCAACGCCGCCGCAAGUCCAGAAUCACCAAACGAUCAAACUUCGUCGGAUGAUAACAAUUUUACGAAAACAGAGGUUAUCACCGAACCGUCUACGCCGCCAGAAGCUAUUCAAUCUCGCCGGAGCUUUCCCGACGACAUCCAGACGUAUUUCGAGUGUCAGGAUUCCGGCAAGUUGGCGACGGAGGAAGACGUUAUCUUCGGUGGUUUUAAUUCUUUCAUAAGUCCUGGUUUAUGUAACGAGUUUGAUUAUUGGUCUUGAUAGUAUGUUACUAUGUUAUUAUGCAUCAAAAAAUAAUUUCUUGGCGGUAAA